AUGGAAGAAACAAGGAAGCUCUCUCCAAAGCCGUGUAAAAGCAAAGGACCUGUGAAAACAGAGUGGGGGUCUCAGAGUGUUGUAUUUACGUAUUUCCAAGGGGAUAUUAACAGCAUGGUAGAUGAACAUUUUUCUAGAGCUCUAAGCAAUGCCAAGAACCCACAAGACCUGAGCACAAAGCACAAGGGCGAGACCGUUGUCCUGAAGAACGAUAGCAUGUCUCCCCAUCAGUGGAAUUUCUCUUCACAUUGCUCCAAACCAUAUCCAUCAUCUUCUGCAGCAAGCAUGUCAAAUUCUGGUUUGAAUUUUACUGCUGCUGGUGUAGCAGGCCAAUACCAGCCAUCAGCUCUGCGGAGUCAUCCAACUCAACCUCCGGAUUUAUGGCCCUUCCCUUCGAUUGGGACUCCCAGUCUUACCAGUUCGGUGUAUCAUCAUGCCUUGCCUGACCUGCACGUGGUAGAUGAACCCAUCUCGGACAGGAAAUACGGUUCUCUUCUUGGUCUUCUGCAACAGGAGAGGUGCCUAACAUCCAUGCAAGAAUGUACCAUGAAGCAACACUCAAGUUCUGCUUGUAUGACUGGACCUGCUAGGUUACAAAAUAUAAGUCAAAGUUCAGCUCCUGGGGGAGAGAGGAAAGCAAGCUCUUACCAAGGCUCAGAAAAUCCCAGUGUCAGCCAUCCCACUGCAGGUAUUCAGAUUCAUGACAGAAGACAAGAUUUGUACUUUUAG